AUGGAGCAGACGGUGCCCAUGGGCCCUGUAGUGGGGGAGCCUCAAGAAGCGCCGAUUGAUGGUCGUGUCCACAGAUGGAGAGGCGAAGCAGAACUGCGCCUCCGAGAGCGAAGGCAGACAAGACAUAUUUCUUCUCUUCUUGUUGUGGCCCUCUCGGUAGUCAUGUUCUCUGUGCUGCGCAGGGCCCUUAACCUGGCCUUCAGUGUCCCAUCUCAUAUGUCGAUGUCCUCAGGCAGUGAGGACGAGGCCGACUCCCAGAGUUUAGUAGACGAGGGGGAAGCUUUCGAUUCUUUUAAGACCCUCUAUUCGUUUCCAAAGAUACACAAUCCAGCUAUGCGAGAGAUGCUGCAGGAGGUGUUGCACUUCGUGGGGAACUAUCGACGGAAUUGGAGAGGCUACCGUGCUCACACCUUCGUGUCGGAGUACCAAGGGCUCCGCCUGCACGUUCAGGUUCGAUUGAAGGAAGAAGGAGAAAAGUGGCCCGACAUGGACACGGCGGAAUUGGCGGCCAUUUACCUCGAGGCAGCCAUUAACGGGUCUGUGAAUGACGCGCAGGACUCAGCCGGGGAUACUGUUGAAAGAGGAUUUAGUCUUUUCUCGUUCACAGGCAAAGGUCGUAUGGAUGUUGUUGUCCGAGCUGAGCUGCGUCAUACGCUUGUCUGA